UCCUCCCAUUCCCCCCUCUCGACAGCCACCUCUCCCUGCCACACUCCGACCCACUCCCACCACCUCCCCCUCUGUCCGAUCGCCCCAUGAUGGACCACCCGACGCCAAGCCGGGCCGAGUCCACGCAUCACAAGCGCCGGCGGCUGAACGCCUCGCCGGGUCUCGCCGAUGACCGGACCGAGCUGCUCGACGUCGAGGAGGACUUCGGGACUGACAUGGCCCCGCCGCUGAUGCCCCCCCCUCCGACAGUCAAGCCAAGCUCCAUCCUGCCGGCCCUGUCUUCCCUGUCUGCCAGUGUCAUCGGGCCCCCGGCUCCCGGGAACACACCGGCCCUCGCCAACCGGGCCGUCAGCGCUGCCAGUGCGGCUCUCAGCGGCGAUGCCUCCUCCUUCGGCGGCAUGGUCCUCGGGGUGACCGCCGAGUCCGGGGCUGCUGAGCACCAUCACGCCCCGGCGCCCGCAGCCCUCGAGCGCAUGGGCUCCGUCAAUGACAAGAUUCAAGCCCUUGAGGCCCUGUCCCGCGCGCGGCUUGCCUCGCUGAAUUCCCUGCAGCAGCGCCAUGACAGCUUGACCGCCGAUUACGAGGCCCUUGUGGAGAGGUGCCAGGCUCUCGGGGAGCAACGCGAGCGCGACCUCGCCGCACUCACAUCCAAGCACAAGGGGCAGCUGCUUCUUUUGCGCCAGGGCAACCGGGUGCCCGACUCGGAGCUGAGCCAGCGUCUGGCCGCAGCCGAGGGCACCGUCGCCGAGCUGGAGCGUCGCCUGGAGCAAACCCGCUCCCGAGCGGCUGGAGACUUGGCCACAGCCGAGGCGGACUUCCGUGCCCAGCUGGCUCGUGCCACUUCCUCGCUGGAGGCCCAGCUGGCCGCAGCUGAGGCCGAGCUCGGCCGGGCCAAUACCGCGUCGACCGAUGUGCACGCCGAAUUGACCGCCCUGCGCCGGGAGAAUGACGCCCUUCGGGAAGAGGGGGCCGCGCUGCUGGCGCGCUUGCGCCAGGAGGAUGCCGUCCGUCGACAGAUGCACAAUCGCAUCCUCGAGCUCCAGGGCAACAUCCGGGUGUUUUGUCGGGUCCGCCCGGCAUUGGCCGACUCGCCGGCCGAGGCCGACGCUCCGCUGGCCGCCAUCACCAUCAGCAGCGCGCCGGAGCUGGCCGGCAAGCAUCAGGUGACGCUGGUGGCCUCGUCAGCUGGCGGCGCCGCGAUGUCUUCCGGCUCGGCCGGGGCAGCUGGCGCUGCGGCUGCUGCUGCGGCGGCGGCCGCCGCCGCCGCACAAGCUCGCCGCCGGGGAGUUCCCCUGCGCACGAGCUUUGCCUUUGACCGGGUGUUUGGCCCCCAGGCCGACCAGCUGUCGGUCUUCGAGGAGGUCCAGCCGCUGGUCCAGUCGGCUUUGGAUGGACAUCGGGUGUCCAUCUUCGCCUACGGGCAAACCGGCUCCGGCAAGACCUUCACCAUGGAGGGGGCCGGGGCCGGUCCUCCCGGUGAGGAUUUGCCCCCGGCGGCCGGGCUGAUCCCCCGCGCGGCACGGUACAUCUUCUCGUCGGUGGCUCGCAAGGCCGCCGAGACGGGCUGGGCUUGUCGCGUGUCGGUGUCCGUGGUGGAGAUCUACAAUGAGACCAUCCGCGAUUUGCUGGCCCCCCCCGGGCAGUACGCCCCGGUGGGUGCCGGCCCCGGGGGAGGCGGCCCGGGACCGGGCCCCGGUGCGACCGCGGCGGCGGCGGCUGCCGCCUCGCCACCGGUCCGCCAUGAGAUCCGCAUGCACUCAUCGGACCCGCGGGAUGGCGUGUACGUCAGUGACAUUCUCAUCCGGGUGGUUCGAUCGGAGGAGGAGCUCCACAGCCUCCUUGGCCUGGCCUCGCGGAACCGGUCCUCCGCCUGGACAUGUGCCAACAACCGUUCCAGCCGGUCGCAUUGCCUGGUCACCCUGCGGCUGGAGGGCCAGGACCCCGGGGCCCCGGGGCUCACUUCCUCCGGCAUGCUCAAUCUCAUUGACCUGGCCGGGUCCGAGCGACUGACGGAUGUCCCGGCGGCCGAGGCCCUGGCCGGUCUGGCCGGUGGUCCGGGCCCGCGCGCGGCCAGCGGCGCCGCGGCCACCGGCGUCCGUGAGAAGGAAACCCGCGCCAUCAACCUCUCGCUGAGUGCCCUGGCCGAUGUGAUCGCCGCCAUCAGCGCCCAGCGUGUGCAUGUGCCCUUCCGCCAUAGCAAGCUGACCCAAAUGCUGGCGGACUCGCUGACGCCGCCGGCCCCGGCCCCGGCCGGCGCGCCGACCGGCUCCGGCCCGGCCAUCUGCCUGGCCACCGACACCAGCACCCUUCUGCCGCCGCAUGUGCCGCGGCCGCGGCACCUGAACAUCGGCAGCCCGAAGGUCUUGAUGCUGGUUGCCGCGUCGCCGCUGGCCAUCCACACCUCGGAGACGCUGAAUUCCCUGCGCUUCGCGGCCAAGGUCAACAGCACGGUUGUCGGUGGGGGGUCGCUGCCGGCGGCGGCGGCGGCGGCGGCGGCGGCGGCGGCCGUGGCCCCGGUCGACUCGCCAGCUGGCCCUGCCUCGCGGCGAGAUUUCUCCGCUUCCGCGUACAACCCCCUGAGCCCGCUGGCCUCGCUGUCGGCGUCGACUGCCUCUCCGCGGGGGGGCUUCCACAAUGAAGGCCCCGCUGGCCCGGGCGGGGGGCGUCCGUCCGGCCGAUCUGCCGGCACCUCGUCCAUCGGGUUCGGGUCCUCCUUCGCCCGGUGAACGCCGGUAAAAAAGCCCAUGCUCUCCUUUGCCCCUUCUCCUCCCCCGGGCACUGAGGGUGGGGAUGUGCGCGUGCAUGCGUGCGU